AUGUCAUUGUUACCGGUGAGAAGUUUUGUUGGAGACGUUUUCCUGGAGGCUCGAAUGCUUGGCCAACCGGUGGCUGCCAUCUAUCAGAUCGGAUUUUCUAUCGACGCCCCAGAAUGCAGCGUUGCCUUAUUUUGUAACAGCAGAAAAUGGAAUCGCAUAGAAUCGCGUGAUCGCAGACUGAUAGGCUAG